AUGAAGAGAAAUGAUUCUUAUAUUAACAAUCUAACAAUAGGCUCCAAAAUCAUUGGCAGCCAUCAAUCCACUGAUUUCAAGAAAUUACUUGAUAUCUUUCUUAAAUUAAUAGGUGAACACCCGGUUAUUGAUAUUUGGUUUAUUCAAGAAAUCAGAUUUGUGUCUCAGGAACAAUUUACUUAUAUCAACACAAUAUUAAAACAACACAAUGCACAGCUUAGAAUGCAUCAUUUUAAAGAUCUAACUGGUUUUCUUAUUCAUUCGCCACAUGCGAAACUAAAAUUUAACAUAAAUGAACAAGAAAUCUAUCACACACCUCAUUUUGAAGGACGUAUUAGCAUCUUGGCAAUUACGUUAAUUACAAAUGAGAACAUACUUUUGAUUAAUAACUAUUUGCACAGUGGAGAUAUGGAUGCACAGAUGACUCACCUAAACGCAUUUACUAAAUAUAUUGCAAAUUUAAAAAAAAACCCUAACAAUCACAAUAUAAUUUAUGGUGGUGAUUUUAACCACAUUAUGCUGCUAGAUGAUGUUCAACUACCACUGAAUCAAAAUAGUUAUACAUUCACCAAAAAAGAGCUGGAAAUCAUUCAGUUAAUGUCACGUUUUUAUAAUAAAUGGAAACUUCAAGAUUCUUUCCAAAUAUUUAAUAACAUGCGACCAACAAAUUUUCAUUCUAACGAAUCUGUCAAGAAACGGUUAGAUAGAAUAUAUAUUGACUCCAGGAUUAGAAGAAAACUUAAAAAGUACAGACUUCUACAAGAGUUUAAACAAAUUUCGACGCAUAAAAUAAUAGCGACGUCUUUCCAAAUCCAAAAAUAA